AGUCACACAGCUGCCUGGUAGGCAAGUGGAGGUGUUCAUCAGUGCUCACUGGGAUUUUGCUCAUGUGGCCCCAACCCCGCCUCCCUCCCCACCCCACCUCCCUCCCCACCCUGCAAUGGCAGAAGAAACUCAACAGAGCAAAUUGGCCGCAGCAAAGAAAAAGGAGAUGGAGGAGGACAUCUGGACAGUGAGGAGGAGGAGGCACCUUGGCCCAUGCCGAGCAACCCGGAGGACCUGGAGAGCUGGGAGGCCACGGUUGCAUUUUUCAACUCCGCUGGAGCCAGUGCCCAGGAGGAGCAGGCACGGUUACGAGAGCAGGUGAAAGAGCAGAGGGUGUGCUGCCAGCGCAUGGCUCACCUGGUGGCCUCGGCCCAGCAGAAGCCAGAGGCAGCGGUCCCAGCCCCAGUGACUAGGGGCCAGUCUGUGAGUGGGGAGACCCACCGGGCCAUGCAGGAGGUCAUGGAGAAGCUGGAGAGCGGCCUUAUGGACCUCCUGGAGGAGAAGGUGGACCUGAGGUAGCGAGCGGAGAAACUAGAACUUCGAUUCAUCCAGUACUGGAAAG